AUGCCAGAAUCCAAAGUGUCUCCAACUUUUUUUGUUAUUGCUCUCAUUAUGUGUUUUUUUAUGACUUUUUUGUUCUCAAUUACAGUAUCAAGAUUAGUUCUGUUAAUACCUUUUGUUUCAUAUGACAAUGACUUGACAAAUGUUGGACGUGAUUUUGCAAUUACUUUAAUUAUCAGCCUUGUGAUUCCACAUCUUUUUGUUUUUUCAACAUUUAUUAUUUUUGGGUGUGACUUCAUUUUUACGAGUAAAUGGUUUAGAGUAAUUAAUUUAUAUUCAUCAACUAUUGACCUCUGUAUUUUUAAUUUGAUACCAUUCUCUCUUAUCUAUGAUGUGAUAAAUAUAGUAUUAAUUUCAACAAAAUUAUUUGGUAGUUCAUUGUUUAGAAAUGAUUUAUAUCAUCGAGGUAAGUUUAUGUCAUUUGUAACUGGUAAUUAUAUGCCAAAUAAUUACCGAAUCGUUAUAUUUUGUUUAAUUAUUCUUUGUUCUAUUCUUUUUGACAUUUAUUCGUUAUGGCAAGGACAUCGUUUUCCAUUUAAACACAUCACACUCACCUCUCCUAAAGUUUCAAAAGAGGUACAGUUUGUUCAUAUCAGUGAUGUUCAUAUUGGUAGUAGAUUCCUUUCACACUCACAACGUAUAGUCAAAAAAAUACUUCCUAUUCACCCAGAUUUUGUUGUUAUUACUGGUGAUUUAACUGAUUCUCCAAAUGUUCAAACAGAAGAAUUAAUGCCAUUUAAAGCUUUAACAAAUGAAUGUCCAGUUUACAUGUCAACAGGAAAUCAUGACUAUAUGACAGGGAUAGAACAUUUAUCAUUUAUGUUAAAUGCAUGUGGAAUUACUCUUUUACAAAAUAGAAUGAGUAGAGAAGAAAAAUACAAUUGUGCCAUAAUUGGAACUGAUGAUAGUAACACAGAAGAAGAAUUCGUUGAAGAAAUGAAUAUGGUAUCUCAAUUACCAUCUUCUGAGACUUACAAUAUCAUUUUACAACACCGUCCAUUUGGAUAUAAACAGACUUGUGAAAAAGGGAUAUUUGAUCUUAUGCUUUGCGGGCAUACUCAUGUUGGUCAAUUUGCACCAUUUAGUGUUUUUGUUUAUUUAUUCUUUAAAAAAGCCUAUGGGUUAUACACUAUUAAAUCUAAUAAAAAUAGAAUGUAUUUAUACACUCAUCCAGGAACAGGUGCAUGGUCAGCUCAUAUGAGAAGUGCUGGAACAAAUGAUAUUACGAUUUUUCAUAUUAAACCAUUAGAAAAUUGA